AUGUCUGAACACCAGUACAAGUUUAACGUCACCAUGAGUUGUGGCGGUUGCUCAGGAGCCGUAGAACGAGUACUGAAGAAGUUGGAAGGUGUCAAAUCUUUCGACGUCAGCCUGAAUUCUCAAACAGCCACCGUCGUGACGGAACCGUCCUUGUCGUAUGAUAUUGUGUUGGCUACUAUCAAGAAGACUGGGAAGACAGUCAAUGCCGGAGAAGCAGAUGGGCAAACGAUGGCUGUCUGA